CAUGUAUGGUGUAACAUUACUGAUAGGCUGCGUUUAAUGUACUGUGUGCCCUAGACAAAUCCAAAAGCCCUCUGUAUGCCAAGUCUGAGAUAGGAUGACAGGGCCGUGUAGGCAAUGCUCGCUAACCGGCUGUUACCCUACUGCCUGCAUCUUAAUCACUUCAUGACUAGUUAGUGAAAUCUUCUUCUUUUUUUUUCUUUUCUUUUGCUGGCUUGAUGCAAUUCCUGUUUUGAAUAAUAAUUCCUGGCUUUCAUAGACUUACCUUAUUAUCUUAUACCUCUUCUUAUAACCAUAUAAAGCCAUAUGCCUUAAACAGGAAAAGCCCAAGUCAAUACUGGACCUACCAGUUCUCCACUCCUUGAUCAAAAUAGUAGAUGUGGUUAGAGGAUGUUUGAAUUGCUGCCUUUAAGGAGAUAAACUGGGACUUGCUAAUCCACUGUUCCAAUCUUUGUGUGCACUACCAAAGUUAUCAACAGGAAUAUCUGUAUGGCUUCAUUGUUGUAUAACCUAGACUAGCUGGUUACACUUGCGUGACUGACGUAUUCCGGUAGGUGCAGUGUCACAAACAUUGGACAAUGUUUUCCCUCUUCUUGUCAUAGGAAUGUAGGGGUACAUGUGACAGUGAUAGGGUUAAGUUUAAUAACCUCUUUAUGAUUUUAUUAUCACCCGCUAUGAAACUUGCUCCUUUCUUUGUUUUCCAACCCCCAUGUUGUAAAUCCUCCUGACCCCAUGUGAUGUGUGACAAUAAAGACAAGGGGACAGAGGCAGUCCGGGGCAGUCGAACUCAAGCUUGUGAAAGAACAGGUCUCAAUGCUCCUGGUUCAUCUGCCCUCUGUCCUUGUGAAGAGUAAAAAACUUGCAUUUGUGUUUGGUUUUCUUUCCAGGAUAAAGAGGUUAUUAAACUUAACCCUAUCAGACAGCGUUUAAGUUUUCCACUUAUAGAACUUUAUUAGUUGCAUGUGCAUGCAUCUGAGAGUUUCACACUGAGUUAAUGUAAAAAAAAAACAUUUGUUGCAGUGGUCUUAAGUAAUCUUGAGAAAAACAAAUCCUGAGACCAAAACAAGACUGAGUAAAAAUGUAGUCGAGACCAAGACAAGACUGAAAAUGUAUUAAGUACCUAAAUUCCCUCAACUCACGACUUCAUAUUCAUAGGAGCAGCAGCUCUAAUUCAAACUUCCCCUAAAUGAUGACUCUCUACCCCCUUUCUCUAAGGCUGAGUCCAAUCACGAUUCAUAUGAAGUUAAUUUAAGCAGCUAUUUUAUUUGGUUAUGACUAUUACAUCUCAUGGCCACUGGUAAUGGCUAAAGACAGAUUGGUAAAGGCGAAUUUUUACCUUUAUUUGUCUGUAACAGAGACGACAAAGCUCUAGUAAAUAAAACAUGCAGACAGUUUUGUGAUGCAAGAUUGACCCAUGACUUUGGAGGACUAAUCCCACCGGUUCUAGUUGGAACAGGUCAGGAAUCCAGCUACACCAAUUCAGUUGUUUUUUAAAUGUAUUUUCCUCUGUUCCUCAGUUAUUCCUACACAAAACAUUGUAACACUUAUCUUGUGCCAGCAGGUGAUAAAAAUUAUUACAUUAGCUACAUCAAAAUUUAAGCUGAGCAUGGCUAAGCCAGUUCCUGGCAAAGGUUUCUCCCAAAACAAUGGAAUUAUGUAUUUCCAUUGACACGAUUAAUAUUUUCGUCUUGAUCAUUCUGUACUUUGUGCUUUGAUUUAAAAUGCAUUUUUUGUUGUGGCAUAUAAUGUUGAUAGUGAAAAUUGGCUUGUGCAAAGUGGACAUAUAUGGAAGAGUUUCAUUGAUUCAGCCUACACACCAAAUAAAAUUUUAUAACAUGACAACAAUUCUUUUGAAGAAUUUUUGUUUUACUUACCAAAAGAUUUGCUUGCGUAGUUUUGGGAGAGUGCCAACAGAAAAAAACUUUUUUUCAAUUAAUCUUAAUUAAUCUUUACCUUUUACAAUUAUCAUAAAGGGUCUAAACACUUUUCAUUGUAAAAUCUUCUCAGUGAAAUGUAAAUAAAACAUAUUAAUGCCUUUGUUUCAACAUCAAUAUGACAUCAAAUAAAUUGUUUUGUUAUCUUAUAAGAAUUGCCUGUCUCAUUCACUGUCAGAAACAAACUAUUUGAGUCAAUAAAUAUAUUUCUUAAUUUAAAUCUGCCACAGAUAUGCAUAAUUUUGGGCUUAACUGUAAUUCAAUAUUUUUACGAAUUCUUGGACGAACACUAAAUAUUUGUCAUACUUAUUGAGAUACUUUCAGAAGUUCCAAUAAGUUAUUAGAUGCUAAGAUUUUACCAGUGUUUAUAUUUCUUUGAAUAAUAUGGAUGCUGGUAAUAUAACAAGACCUGUGCAAAGAGGAAUUCCCUCCCAUUUGUGUCAAGCCACACCUCUCCCUUUGAAAUGACACCAAACAUAAUUCCUAAUGGCAUUGUUGCAAGAAGCCUGUUGCAAGGUUCAUGAGAUUGUUAGAUAGUCUCAUCAUUUUUCAGAAGUGUUCCAUAGGUGCAUCUGAAAGGGAUUUAUUCUCCUAUCAGGAUGACGUUUCAGGUGAAAAUAUUGGUUUUUCUGCUGGCUCUGGCAAGUGUUGCCGUGGUUUUAGAGUUUUUUUAUGUUACUGAUUGGAUACAGCUAAAGGAGCAAAACUCAUGUAAGUGUGAGAAAUGUUUUUCAAAAGAAGAUGUGUUUCUCAAUCAACACCUGAACAGUUCUAUUGAGCCAUUUUUGUCGGCAUCGACCAACCUGUCAGAGGAGGAUUUCAUAUGGUGGAAGCACUUACAGAGCAACAGACACAACUUCAGCUAUUAUAAAGCAACAGUUGACAAAUUGUUUAAGAUAAUCUCACCACGUCCUAUUUUUGAAAAACCCCGCACUGACGGUUGCAGAACUUGUGCGGUUGUUGGAAAUUCUGUGAAUCUGAAAGGAUCGCAUUAUGGACCCCUGAUAGAUUUCCAAGACUUCAUUAUAAGAAUAAAUCAUGGUAGAGUCAAAGGCUACGAAGAAGACGUUGGGACAAGAACAACUCAUCGUAUAAUGUAUCCAGAGAGUGGCUCAACAUUAGAUAACACUACUCAUCUUGUAAUGUUUGCAUUCAAGAUGAGGGAUAUUGAGUGGCUCAUCAGGUCCUUUCCAACAGGAUCUUCUGGAAAGCCAAUAAAACCCAGAGCUAAUAGAAAUUUGGUGAUGGUUCUUAAUCCAGCUUUUAUGAAGUACGUUCAUCAGGUAUGGGAUGGAAAGAAAGGAAGGUAUCCAUCCACCGGCUUUAUGACCUUGAUUUUCGCACUUCACAUUUGUGAUGAGGUCCAUGUGUUUGGCUUUGGAGCUGACAGCAAUGGAAGCUGGAGCCAUUACUGGGAACCGCUGAAAGGCAAAGGAUUUAAAACUGGACCUCAUCCUGGACAAUAUGAGUAUGCAGUGAUACAGAAGUUGGCUGAUGAAAAAACUAUCCAUUUCUAUAAAGGAGUUUGACUAUUCCCUGAAAUGUAAAGUUUAUUUUGUAAGUUUUAGUCAGAUCCCCAAAGGUUAGUAAACAAAGCAUUCAAUAAACAUUAUUUAUAAAAUGA